UAGGGAGAGCUUGCGCUGAGCGGAUCUCAUCUCAUGUCGCAGAAUGGGUGGCAAGACGAGCAAGGAUGCCCUCGAGGGCGCGCGGCGGCGCGCCUCGUUGAGAUCCAGCCACCUGCAGGUCAGUGGACGCUACCACCACCUGCCCAGGAAGCUCUCAGAUGAUUACAUCCUCACAGACACUGUGCUCGGCUCCGGCUUUGCAGGGUCCGUGCUCUUGGGCCGCAGCCGGCGCCCGGACCGGAACGGCCUCUGCACCCGCGUCGCGGUGAAGAGCAUCAAGCUGCAGCAAAGCAAGGCUGCUCGUCGGACUCUGGCGGCGGAGGUGGAAGUCUUCCUUUCGGUGGACCACCCCCACGUGUGCCGGCUUCUGGACGUCUACGAGAGCCACGACCACAUCGACCUGGUCAUGGAGUGCCUGGAGGGCGGGGAGCUCUACCAGCGGGUCAACGCGGGCCGCUUCUCCGAGAAAGACGCGGCGGACGCAGCCUACCAGAUGCUCUUGGCAAUCCGAUACCUGCACAGCUUAGGCAUUGUCCAUCGGGACAUCAAGCUUGAGAACUUUCUUUAUGAUGAGAGGGGCAGCAACCACCUGAAGCUCAUCGACUUCGGCUUCAGCAAAGCCUGGGAUCCGGAGCACAAGAAGAUGAAGAUGAGUUGCGGCACCAUUUGUUAUGUCGCGCCGGAGGUGAUCCUCCAGAGUUACACGAACUUGUGCGACCUUUGGAGCCUUGGGGUGGUGGUCUUUCUUCUGCUCGUGGGCUAUAUGCCCUUCCCGCUGCUGCCAGACGUGGAGGAGACGGAGAUCAACAUCUUAUCCUGCAACUACAGAUACGAUGCCGCGAAGUGGAAUCUGGUGUCGCCCUCCUCCUUCGACUUUGUCUCCAAGUUGCUGCAGAGAGACCCUGAGCAGCGCAUGACUGCAGAGCAGGCCCUGGCACACCCCUGGAUCGCUGAGCGGGAGCAGAUGAAGAGCGGCACCGAUUCCGCGGGCUUGGACGAUGCUGUGGUGCGCUCUCUCGCAGAGUAUGCGAAGUCGUCCAAGUUCCGGAGGACCUGCUUGCAGGUCAUGGCUUGGUCGUUGAACAACUCCGAGAUGGCGGAGGUGCGCCAGGCCUUCAUGGAGCUGGAUCAGGACAAGAAGGGCACCAUCCAGCUCCACGAGCUGAAGACAGUGCUGGAAGAGAAAUUUCACAUCACUGAUGAAGAGACGAAGAACAUCUUCGAAGCCAUGGACCCCAGCAACCACGAGGAGGUGAAGUACUCGGAGUUUUUGGGUGCGAUGCUGUCUUCUCGCAUCGAGAUCCACGAAGACUUGGUGCGCAACGCCUUCAAGCGCUUCGACACCGGUGACACGGGCCACAUCUCCGCGGAGCACUUGAAGCAAGUGCUCGGCGAAAGCCUCGACAGCCAGGAGCAGGCAGCGGCUCUCAUGGCGGAGGUGCAGGGAAGCUUUCUGCAGGACGGCAAGAUCUCGUAUGACGACUUCAUUCAAUACCUGAUCAGUGGAGAGGCUCGUGACUCCUUCAAGGAGGCAGCAGGCCUGGUCAUUGACAGGCAGAUCUCGAAGAUGACCAGCGAUGACGGCAUACAGACCGAUUUUCUCAGGGGCAGCCGAGCUUUGGCGCCCAAGAACAAGCGGAGCCACUCCUUCCACGUGAACCGGGAGGUCUCGGAUGACGACAUGAAGUCAGAGCUUCUCGUGCAGAGUCACAUGACGGCUCCGGCGUGCAAGACACCACUGCACGAGGCGCAGACGGUGAGGGCUAUUGUGGAAGAGGAGCCAAAGGAUCUUCAAGCUUCUCAUGCUUCGGCUGAGCAAAAGACCGGCAAGACGGACACUCCUAAGAGCAGUGUUUGCGCCAUCUUGUGACCGGCAUUUUAAGUCCAAUGCGUAAUCUGCGUGCCAUCUGCAAAGGCUCACCACGACGCGUGAAUCUUUGAAUCAUCUACCCAGCUGCCGGC